UUGUACUAACAGAUGUUCUUUCUUUUCUUCAUCCAGUCACACCUUUUAUCAUUUUGUUUGAUUUGCUGCUUUCUGAAAGCUGAUUGGUGGAGAUGUGAUCGCAUGACCACAGGACUGCGUUCUACCAAAUGUCCUUUCAUUGCUGAUGUCCUUAUUUAAUAGUUUAUGUUACAAAGUAGAUACAGGAAGAGGAGCAGCCCAAGUGUCGCAAGAUAACCAUGCUUAUCUGUUCUCGGGCCUCUUCCUCUUGCACAAUUCAGUGCAACUGGUAUAACAUGACAACAUGGCAGAGUGAACGAGAUUGAUGGUGAAUUGAAACACGCAGAAGGCAAAUAUGGGAGGGAUUUGGAAAUCUAAAGACGUUUGUGGAGGACCAGCUUCAGACCAGCAUGAUGGUGGGAAUAGUGCUUGGUGCUGGCAUCUCCAUAGUCCUCAUCGCCACCUUCAUCUUCUUUGUGAUGCGCAGGAUCCACCUUCGGAACCUUGCAGCUCAAGAAGCCCCCAAAUACCGCUUCCGCAAAAGAGACAAAGUUUUAUUCUAUGGCAGGAAGAUCAUGAGGAAAGUCUCUCAGUCCACCUCGUCUUUAGUCGGAACGUCAUCGUCCUCUUCCUCCCGUCCACGACUAAAGAAGAAACAGAAGAUGCUCAAUAUUGCCAAAAAGAUCUUGCGCUUUAAGAAGGAGGUGCCCACCCUGCAGAUGAAGGAACCUCCUCCCUCAGUGCUAGAGGCUGAUCUCACUGAGUUUGAUGUCGCCAACUCACACCUACCAUCCGAAGUGCUCUACAUGCUAAAGAACGUGCGUGUAUUGGGCCACUUUGAGAAGCCAUUGUUUCUGGAGCUGUGUAAGCACAUGGUGUUCCUGCAGUUCCAGCAGGGCGAGUAUGUCUUCCGACCCGGACAGCCAGACAGCAGCAUCUACGUAGUACAGGACGGCAAACUGGAGCUCUGUCUUACUGGACAGGAUGGGAAGGAUGGAGUGGUGAAAGAGGUGUUUCCAGGAGAUUCGGUUCAUAGUCUACUGAGCAUUCUUGAUGUCAUCACAGGUCACCAGAGGCCGUAUCGGACGGUAUCUGCCAGAGCUGCAGAGGUGUCCACAGUCCUGCGUCUGCCUGUUGAGGCUUUUCUGUCCAUCUUUGAGAAAUAUCCAGAGAGUUUAGUGCGUGUGGUGCAGAUCAUCAUGGUGAGGCUGCAGAGAGUGACUGUCCUGGCUUUACACAACUACCUAGGCCUCACGAAUGAGCUCUUCUGCCAUGAGACGCAGCCAUUGCGGCUGCCCGUGCUCUCUCCGCAUGCCAGCCGCACGAGCCCCGUACGCCACAGCAAACGCUUCAGCAGCCUCACUGUGCCAGAGGACCAGCGGGAAGCCGCCGUCCGAGACACCACCGCAGUGGAUCAUGGGAAGGAAGGCAACACCAUCCCGACCCUGAGCAGGGCUAUCUCCAUGCCUGUGGACAUUGCUGGUAUGCAAAAGAGCCUGCGUUCAGAUUUCGACAUGGCAUACGAGAGGGGCCGCAUUUCUGUGUCUGCCGAGGAUGGAACACCUGCAGCACCCCCAUUUACGCGGGACCAGCGAGAGAGAAGGGUAACAGUAGAUGAGGUGCCGUCGGGUGUGUACCUCUACCCUGAGGAGGAAGUGGGCACAGACAACAUUUACGGCCCGUUGCCAGGACGACCCAACGCCACCCUGUUCGAGGAGGCUCAGAAAGAGUUCCUGAAACUAAUGAAAAUCGAGGACCCUGCACUGCUGAAUGGACGAGUGACCUUGCAUCAUGCCAAAGCAGGUGCCGUCUUGGCCAGACAGGGAGACCAGGAUGUGAGUCUUCAUUUCGUAUUGUCCGGCUGUCUGCACGUGUAUCAGCGUAUGAUUGACAAGCAGGAGGACGUGUGCCUGUUUGUGACGCAGCCGGGUGAGAUGGUGGGUCAGCUGGCAGUGCUGACCGGAGAGCCGCUCAUCUUCACCGUCCGCGCACUCCGUGACUGCACCUUCCUCAAGAUCUCCAAAUCUGAUUUCUAUGAGAUCAUGAGGGAGCAGCCCAGUGUGGUCCUGAGUGCAGCUCACACUGUGGCCAUCCGCAUGUCUCCAUUUGUAAGGCAGAUGGACUUCGCCAUAGACUGGAUGGCUGUGGAGGCUGGACGCGCUCUCUACAGGCAGGACGAUCAGUCAGAUUGCACCUACAUCGUGCUGAAUGGUCGUCUGCGCUCCGUCAUCCGGAAGGCGAAUGGAAAGAAGGAGCUGGUAGGGGAGUAUGGUAGAGGAGAUCUCAUCGGAGUGGUAGAGGCUUUGACCAGGCAGCCGCGGGCAACGACGGUUCACGCAGUCCGAGACACAGAACUGGUCAAACUUCCAGAAGGAACCCUAAACAACAUUAAGAGACGUUAUCCUCAGGUUGUUACUCGGCUGAUCCAUUUGUUGGGCCAGAAGAUUCUAGGAAACCUUCAACAGCCCCGUGGACCUUUCUCAGGCUCAGCUCUGGGUUUACCCAGCAUGGCAUCCAGCCCUGAUGUCACCAACCCAGCCAGCAACCUCUCCACUGUGGCUGUACUUCCUGUUUGCGACGAAGUGCCAAUCAAUGCCUUUAACCUGGAGCUCAGUCACGCUCUCAGUGCCAUAGGACCCACUUUGCUGCUGACGAGUGAUAUUAUCAGAGAGAGACUUGGAGCCUCUGCUUUGGAUAGCAUUCAUGAGUACAGGUUAUCAGGCUGGUUGGCUCAGCAAGAGGACAUCAAUCGUAUAGUUCUGUAUCAGACAGACAGCAGUAUGACCCCCUGGACCCAGCGCUGCAUCAGGCAAUCAGACUGCAUCCUUAUUGUCGGUCUCGGGGACCAGGAGCCCACUCUUGGCCAGCUGGAGCAGAUGUUGGAGAACACGGCAGUGCGGGCUCUGAAGCAGUUGGUCCUGCUGCACCGUGAAGACGGCCCAGGUCCCUCCAGAACUGUGGAGUGGCUGAACAUGCGUAGCUGGUGUUCUGGUCAUCUCCAUCUCAAAUGCCCAAGGAGAGUGUUCUCACGCAGGAGUCCCACCAGACUGAGGGAGAUGUAUGAGAAAGUCUUUGAGAAGACGGCAGACAGACACAGUGAUUUUUCCCGUCUGGCCCGAGUGCUCACAGGAAACAGCAUUGCUCUGGUACUAGGAGGAGGAGGAGCUAGGGGCUGCUCGCAUGUGGGCGUGAUCAAAGCCAUGGAGGAGGCGGGGAUUCCUAUCGAUUUAGUGGGUGGGACGUCUAUCGGCUCUUUCAUCGGUGCACUGUAUGCAGAGGAGAGGAGUGCUGUUCGUGUGAAGCAGCGAGCGAGAGAGUGGUCAAAGGCGAUGAACUCCGUGUUUAAAACUGUACUAGAUCUAACCUAUCCCAUCACCUCCAUGUUCUCUGGCUCCGCCUUCAACACCAGCAUUUCCAACGUGUUUGAAGAGAAGCAAAUUGAGGACUUGUGGCUGCCUUAUUUUAACGUGACCACUGACAUUACAGCAUCUUCAAUGCGGGUACAUAAAGAUGGCUCUCUGUGGCGCUAUGUGCGGGCGAGCAUGACCCUCUCCGGGUACCUGCCGCCCCUCUGCGACCCCAAAGAUGGCAACCUGCUCAUGGACGGCGGCUACAUCAACAACCUACCAGCGGACAUCGCCCGCAAUAUUGGAGCCAAAACGGUCAUUGCCAUAGAUGUGGGCAGCCAGGAUGAAACCGACCUAUGUAACUAUGGCGACAACCUGUCCGGCUGGUGGUUGCUGUGGAAACGGAUCAACCCGUGGGCGGAGAAAGUUAAGGUACCUGACAUGGCUGAGAUUCAGUCACGACUGGCGUACGUGUCGUGUGUCCGGCAGCUGGAGUUGGUCAAAAAGAGUGCUUACUGUGAGUACAUCCGGCCACCCAUCGACCGCUUCAAGACCAUGGACUUCGGCAAAUUCGAUGAGAUCUAUGACGUGGGCUACCAACACGGGAAACUGUUGUUUACUGGCUGGGCACGUGGGGAUAUCAUAGACAACAUGCUGAAAGAUCACCGCUCAGCCGACUACACCGACAGCAAGAAGGCCGAUAGCUACACAUGUCCUGGUGCAGACUUCACUGAUCUUGCUGAAAUUGUGUCCAGGAUUGAGCCGGUGCAGAGCUACUUGGCCGCUGAUGCGGAGGAGUCAGAUGGAUUGACAGAGUACGAGGAAGAUGGGAUGGACACAGUGAGAGAAGAGGAAGGUGAGGAAGAGGAGGACGAAGCCGACGACCCUGAAGACCACUCACCUGGAGAAUGGGGAGCGAAUGAUAUUUUUCAGUCGGAUGAAGAGAAAUCGGUCCGUCAGCGGAGGAAGAACCCCAGCGAGUCCAACACGUGCUCCGAGCUUUCCGACUGCUGACCAGAAGCGACAUGGCGUCCUGUCAUUCUUUUCCAAGGAUGGAAGAGUAGCGGCGUCCCUCCACAUCUGACCGAGGGAGAGGAGUCAAGGAGGAAGACGGACAACCAAAGAUAACUGCUCAAAAAUACAGCGAUACCACUGAAGCCAACCCGAGCAAAAACGGUGGCUUAAGCUGCUCUGGGUGUGUGGUGGGAAAACAAACAAAGAAAAAAAAAACUAUCGCAGUGAGCAUCAUGGGAGUUGAGCAUAAAAGUGCUCUAUCUCUCUGUUCUACCAUAUAUUUUUGGUUUUUUUUUUUUGUUUUCUCCCAUAGAGACAAGCUCUGAUUAAUGGCCAGUAUAAACUGACUGUGUGCCAUGUGUUUGUCCUGGUAUGAUGACUAAAAGUGCCAGAGGAACUGUAAGUGUCUGCACAGGUGUGAAUGUGUGAGUGCGAGUUUGUGGUGAAGAGCUCACAGAGGUAAGAAACACUCAGAGUGCUGCUAGAACCAACUAGAUUACAGAGGAUAGAAAGCUUAGAAAUGUAGGGGUGGAGUAAAGAGGAACAGACAGGAAUGUAGGCUACUAACAUAGAAAGACAGCUUUAAAGGUGCACUAGGCAAAAUUAAGGUUCCCUAAACUGACAUUAUUUAAUGGCUUCAUUGAACUUUUGUGAGCCAUAAGUAACAUUAACACGUAUUAACUUUUUUUUAAAAAAGGCUAAACAAUCAACACGUCCAUUAACCAGUGAUUAAAAUUAACGAUCAACAUGAACAAUGACCAACAUGAAUAAGACCUUAGUGAACAUGGUUUUUGGUUGUUAACUGGCAAAAUGAAACAAAAUGUUUAACAUUUAAUAAUAAAAUGGAGACUAAAAUUUAUCACCAUUUAGCAAGAUGCUAUAAUUAAAAUUUUGCUAAGUUGUGUUUACUUAUUUUUACUCAUGAAUUGGAUAAACAUUAGUUAGUGUAGUUGGAAUAUGUGAACAUUUAAACCAACAUCAGUUGACUUUGUUACUAUGUUAAUAUUACUUAUAGUUUAUUAAUGCUGAAGUUUAUGGUUUGUUUAAUGCUAACUAAUAAUAUUAGAUAAGGCAAGACACUACAGGUGAAUAGUUUUUUUUUAAGAAUAGAUAUCACAAUCAAUCUUUGCCAGUUGAUUGUUGAUAUUCUUACAAGGAUUUUUAUAUUUGAACUUUUUCAAAAAUUGACACUGAUUUAUGCAAAUAAGGCGUCAUGUAAUGAAAUAUGCAGACAUUAGCAUACUUAAUGAAAGCAAAAAUCUAGUCUUGAUAGAAUUCAUAUAUUUAUUUCACAGUGAAUAUGCACUCAAGAAAGACUUUUACAGAGAAGUUUUUUAUUGUUUAAUGAAUAAAUACUAUGCAUUGUUAUAUAUAUUAUAUGAUGUAGGUUAAGCCUUCCUCAAAGUUGCUAAGUUUCGGAGAAUACGAUUAAUGGUUGCAAGUCGACAAAAAUGGUGAAAUAACAUUGUUAUUGUUACUGUUGAGUUUUGGUAUUUUUAUUGCUAUAGUUUAUAGCAAUAUAUAAAAAAUUGUAACAUGUGAAAAAUUGCUUUUUUUAAAAAAAAAAAAAAAAAACCUGUAAUAUCUUGCCUUAAUAAG